CCACGCCCAACCGACAAGAUGGUCCGCUACGCAGCCACCCACAUCGACAACGCAAAGUCCGCCCGGGCUCGCGGCAGCUAUCUUCGCGUCUCAUUCAAGAACACCCGCGAGACCGCUCAAGCCAUCAAUGGAUGGAAGCUGGAGCGUGCUUUGGCCUACCUCGGCAACGUCUUGGAGAAGAAGGAGGCCGUUCCCAUGAGGCGGUACGCUGGCAGCACUGGCCGUUGUGCACAGGGCAAGCAGUUCGGUGUCUCCAAGGCUCGCUGGCCCGUCAAGUCCGCCGAAUUCCUGCUCGGUCUCCUCAAGAACGCUGAGGCCAAUGCCGACACCAAGGGCCUCGACACCAGCAACUUGAUCGUCAAGCACAUCCAGGUCAACCAGGCCCCCAAGCAGCGGAGGCGCACAUACCGUGCUCACGGCCGUAUCAACCCCUACAUGUCGAACCCGUGCCACAUCGAGCUGAUCCUCGCUGAGGGUGAGGAGGUUGUCAAGAAGGAGCAGGCUGUUGAGGCUGUCCGCCUGAGCUCGAGGCAGCGUGGUGCCCGCGCUCGCCGUGCCAUCACCGCUGCAUAGAGGGGGAAAGAGAAGGGGAUGGGUUGAGCGUGGAAGAGUGGAUCUGGCUCCGGUGCUGGCUCAGGAUCUGCAACAGCGACGGCGUGGAGUCGACGAGCGAAUGAAUCGGGAGGCUUUUUAUACUGGGGCAUGAUUUAGGGCUUCAUUUUCCCGGUGUCUGGUCGAAAAAUUCAAUGAGGUUAAGGCCUGCUUCCAUGGCUGUUCGGACAAGUGACCCUCUGCGCUUGGAUGUCAUGACCCGCACCGAGUUCCAACUACAAUUGCCCGUUGGAGGCGGCACCCAUGCUUUCGCAUGUAUUUUGGUUCAAUAUCCAAGCUAAUGGCUCGUGAGCAUCAAUGACGACUUUCCCUGACAUUUCCC